AUGGUCGUAUCCGAGGAUACCGAGCCAGAACGAUUCCGGCAUGCUCCAACACACAUGAGUAGGACAGACUCUCAAGCUAGCACAAUAUCAGUGGAUUCUCAAAGGACUAAACAACCGGCGAUCAGUGCGCCCUUUGCCGCGCAAGCCGCUGGGGGCGCUCUCGAGACUCUGAAGGACCUGACUGGGAUGAGACCAAGGACUGGCAGCAGGGUUGACAGCAACAACAAUCGCACGCAGGCCCAUCGUCAGAAUCGAGUCAAGAACAAAGACGUCACAAGGAGCACUCCUAGAAGUAGCGGCGACUUCUCACGUGAUGCUGUAAAGCUGGAAGGUGAUGCGGUGGCGAUCGACAGACAGAGUAAGAACAGCAUCGUGCAACAAGAGACUGUCUCAGACACCGGCGAGCCUGCUCAGCAACAAAGCGGGCACAGAGUGGUUAAUCAUACUGGUCUGAACAGAGGAAUGCGUGGCGGUCUGGGUAUCGGGCUAAGGGAGAAGGGCAGUGACUCUACCAUACGAGGUGGCAAGUAG